AGUACGAAUCUAAUCUUGCAAACUUUUGAUCAUUUCGCAACCACCCAAAUUCUGAAGAUAUACAUCAAUAAAGACUCAAAAGACAAGUUGGUUUGGACCUAACCACCCAUGAAGAUUUUACUGCAAAGUCGUUUCAGACUCUGAUCUCUUCAGUCUCAAAUGAAUCAUCCCAUCUAAAUGAUAAUACAUUCCCUUUGAAGAAAUUUAGGGUUUGCCCCCAAAAUACACAAUUUUAUGUGGAGACUCCUACAUGAUGGUAUUGGAGUUCUUAACAAGGUGGGUAGAUUUGUAGAAGAAAUUGCAACUGACUGUCAUCCGUGUCAAUCAUCACCUGAGACUGCAGAACAUCUUUUUCUUCGGUGUCCUCUUAUUCAAGCAAUCCUUUUUGCUUCUCCCCUUGGUCUAAGACUGGAAAACAACAGUGAGCUGUCGUCAUCAAUCUCUAUGUUGGAUAUCUCCACUUCGUCUUCCACGGAUAUUCAGUGGACUCCUCCACCAGAAAACACUAUCAAGAUAAAUAUUAAUGUUGGGCUGAAAGAUGAUUACUCUGUUAACGUUGUUGUCGCAAGGAACCAUUAUGGAGCGUUUGUGGGAUCUGAAACUUCUAUUGGUACGCUCUGUAGCCCCUUAAUUGCUGAAGCUAAUGGUUUUAUUUUAGCUGCUAGGCUUGCCAAUCGGUUGAACCUCCACAACAUAUUGAUUGAAAGUGAUUCCAUUUCCAUGCUCAAGUAUCUCAAUGAUGUUUCUACAAGGGUCCCCUGGAGAGUCCUGAACAUCGUCAAUGAGUUGAGAGCUUUUAUCUCCAUAUUCUCUCAGGUUGUGUUCCAAUUUGUACGAAGACCAAAUGAUAUUGCUCAUGUACUCGCUAAGUUCGCUGUCAAGCAUCAUGUCCAAGCUCAAUGGACAUCUUCCCAACCUCCUUCUUGCAUUUCCAUCUAUCUCCUUGCCGAUACUUUUUAG